UAAAAAAAACAUACACCUCCUUUUUUUUUCAGUGUUCCCUCCCACUUUUUCUUAUUCACUCCCACACAGCUUGAAAUACUACUGCCCCUCACAUUCUUAAAGGCUUACGUUUAUCAGUCUGUUUACCACACCUUGUUUCUCCCGUGAAUCAUGAGUAGCUCCCGCAGACUUUGUAACAGAGAAGCUCUGACUUCAUGAUGACACACUGAUACUCAUUCUCUCUCACCUUUUCUUUCUCUUUCUUUUUACUCAGCCUCACAAGAUUCAAGUUUCUGACAUAUGGCAGAGAUGGAGGACUGUGAAGGAGUGAUUGCGACAGAGCGUUAUGGUUCACAGGAGUCUUGGAAAUACCUGUUGAAGGAUAGGAGGAUAAAGAGACAGAAGGAAGCAAUGGACGGCAAACUUGCGGGAAAUUCAAUGUCUGGCGUGUUUAAAAGUGUUUUCCUGCCACAGGGAUAUCCUGAGAGUGUCAGUGAGGAUUACUUACAGUAUCAGCUCUGGGACACUGUGCAGGCAUUUUCCAGCUCUCUGUCUGGUACACUCGCUACUCAGGCUUCACUGAGGGGUGUUGGGGUUGGAAAUCAAGAAGCAACGGUUGCAGCAGCUACAGUAACAUGGCUGCUUAGGGAUGGAACAGGGAUGCUGGGAAGAAUACUUUUUGCCUGGCUCAAAGGGAACAAGUUAGAUUCUGAAGCCAAAAAAUGGAGGCUCUUCGCUGACAUUCUUAAUGAUGUGGCAAUGUUCAUGGAGAUUGCAGCCCCUCAUUUCCCUCCUUUUUUUAUUCUGAUCGUCUGCAUUGCUGGAAUAUUUAAGUCAAUUGUAGGAGUUGCUGGUGGAGCAACAAGAGCUGCGUUAACUGUCCAUCAAGCUCGCAGAAACAACAUGGCUGAUAUCUCUGCUAAAGAUGGGAGCCAGGAAACCCUGGUGAACCUGGCAGGACUGCUAGUCAGCCUGGUGCUCAUCCCACUUGUAACAGAUAACCCAUUGUUGACAUUCAUCCUGUUCUUCCUGUUCACUGUUCUCCACCUGUUUGCCAAUUACAAAGCUGUUCGUUCGGUUGUUAUGGAAACCCUUAACGAGGCUCGCUUGUCCAUAGUCCUCCAUCGGUACCUGCUGAAUGGUCAAGUGCUCAGUCCACUGGAGGCCAAUCAGAGGGAGCCCGUGUUCUUGUCACUUGGAAGGACAGUUCCCAUCAAGAUGGGUGUGAGGCUCGGAGACAUUGUUCAAGAGCCAGGAGAACUGCAGCUGGCGUUGAAGAACAACAGCAAACCGUAUCUCAUUGGAAUCAAAAAUGCUACUGUCUGUGUUUGUCUGGGAAGUGAUGCAUCUGUGCAUGAUGAAAUAAUGGCAGCAUGUCAGGCCUUGUGUCUCCGUAAUGUGCUGCUCAAUGAUUCCUCUCUGGGUGGUGCACUCAAACAGCUCGCGAACACUAAGGACCCAUGGGAGUUAGUAUCGCAGAGUCAUAAGAUGAUUGAUCAAAUGUUCUACACAUUUCUAAAAGAACUGGAUCAAGCGAAGUGGCAGACAGACCGGACACUAUUGGACUGGAAUGAGUGGCGUGUGGAAUGGAGGAAGAAGAGAAGCUGAAGCAAAUUGUUAUAAAAGGAAUGGGUAUUUUUUUUUUUUAUUUCCACUGAAAUUCACUUUGAAACUUGCCAGAGCUCAGCUGCAGAAAAGAAACAUUAUAUCAGUCUUAGAUAUUAUACUGUAAAAAUAAAAACAAUGGAAACAACAGGGUUGCAGCAGAAAUCAUGUGUUCAUAUAUGGUCAACAACAGGACCUCACCAACCCGUGGGGGAAACAAAACCACAAGUAAGAAAUUUCUAACAGU